AUGACGAGCCAACAAGAUACCCCCACAGCUCUAACUCCUACUGCUUCCACUUCUCGUACUUCUACCAUCAUCACCCCCGCUCAAUCUGAUUCAGCUUCUGUCUCAGCUUCUGUUGCUGCUGCUCCAUCUUCCCCCACGCCUCAAGCUGAACUCAUCCCCGCAGAGGACCCUGGAGAUAACGUCGAUCAUGACACCUUUGACGUUGACUCGGCCCUCGGGUCAGACGCCGCCAGCUAUCUAUAUCCCGAAUCAAUAGCAGCAAGUAUCCUCGAAUACAGAACCAUUCAAGGCCGUACUUAUCACAGUGACCGGCAUGCUGCCGAUUACUUCACUCCCAACGACGAGCAGCAACUCCAAGAUUUUGCAGACACAUACCCCAGUGCUCAAGUCGUCGGUUCAGACCUCUCGCCCUGUCAGCCAGAAUGGGUCCCUCCAAACGUACGCUUCGAAAUCGCAGACGCCACUCUCGAGUGGCCCUGGAAAGAUGACUACUUCGACUUUGUCCACAUACGCUACCUGUUUGGCGCCAUUCAAGACUGGCCAGCGCUCUUCCGCGAAGCAUACCGCUGUUGCGCACCUGGCGGAUGGGUCCAAUCAUGCGAAGCCGACAUUCAUUUCUACUCCGACGAUGGGACUACCGAUAGCGAGCCCGCCCUCAAGACGUGGAAUGAUCUGUACGAGAGCGGUGGUAUCGAGACAGGGAGACCGUUCUUUCUCCAAAGAGAGGCGAUACAAGAGCGAAGUAUCACCGAGGCUGGCUUCACCGAUGUCAGAAUAUUUGACUACAAACUACCGGUCGGUGGCUGGACAAAUAAUCGCAAGCUCGCCGAGACGGGCGAGUAUGUCAGGUUGACCUUGGAGAAUGAUCUUGAGGGGUACACGUUUUACCUUUGGCACCAUGUCCUCAACUGGUGUCGGGAAGAGUAUACGCAGUUCCUUGCUUCCAUGCUCAAGGCGUUGGCUAACCGCAGAGUGCAUGGGUAUAUGAUGGUGCGAUACGUAUACGCUCGGAAGCCAUAG